CACUAACGUAGGUCAUGGCGUAACGGGGGUAAUGGCGUAACGGGGGUAGUGGGGUCGGAACCACCCCAUCAAACCUACAACCCUAUUAACUACUACUACUACUAUGCUAGAAUGGUCCGUCAGAAGAGUAUAAAGGCUCAAGAACGCGAAAUUCAAAUUCAAAAAGCUAUAUUAGCUAUUAAAUCAAAUCAAUACAAAUCAAUAUAUGCUGCUGCAAAAGCUUUAGGGCUACCAGAGGAGACCCUCCGCUGUCGCAUAAAUGGAAGGCACACACGUGUAGAAGCACGCCAGCACCAGCAACUCCUAUCAAAAACUCAAGAGCAGACCCUCUCAAAGUGGAUUAAAGAGCUUACUGGAAGUGGUUACGCUCCUAGCCAUCGGAUAUUACGUGAGGUUGCAGAGGAAGUCCGGUCAAACAAGUGUCGGGUCUUCCAAACCCAGACCCCAUCAAACCAACCGGCUCAGCAGCAGAUCCGACCAACCCAGCAGACCCGACCGACUCAGCAGUCCCGACCGACUCAGCAGACCCGACCAACUCAGCAGACCCGACCAACUCAACAGACACAACCUCAAAUCCCUAACUUACCUCUUGGGCAAGAGUGGGUGCCACGGUUCAUUCAAAGGCAUCCUAACUUACGUGUUAAGUUAGGAAGGAGGGUUGAGGCACAAAGGAUGAAUGGGGUCACAAAGCAGGUGUUGAAGGCGUGGUUUGAUGCGUACAAGAGCCUCACAACAGAGCUAAAAAUCGAAAAUCACAACACCUACAACAUGGAUGAGACUGGGUUUUCAAUUGGAACAAUGCAAUCAACAAGAAUUAUCGUGGAUUCAAGCCUUAGGACGCGUUUUCAAGCCCAUCCAGGCCGGCAGGAAUGGGUGUCUGCUGUUGAGUGCAUCUGCAUGGAUGGAACAACCACCGACCCCCUCAUUAUCUUCAAGGGACAGAAUAUACUACAGAGCUGGAUUCCAAAGGAGGUUAUAAGCAAAUGGCACUUCUCUGCAAAUACAAAAGGGUGGACAAGCAAUCUUCAUGGAUUAGAGUGGCUAAAACGCGUUUUUGAGCCCUCUACAAGAGCAAAAGCAACACUUCCAAAUGGACAACUACAACAAAGGCUCCUUAUUUGUGAUGGCCAUGACAGCCAUAUAAGCGGGAGCUUCAUAUCACACUGCAUACAGAAUCGCAUAUCGCUACUUAUACUACCUCCACAUACCUCUCAUGUGUUACAGCCACUUGAUGUUGCAAUUUUUGGACCUUUGAAAAAACACCUCACAACAGCCCUCUCGCACCUUAAUGAGGCGCAGCUCCUACGCAUACAGAAAGCAGAAUGGAUGGAUGCAUACAUACAAGCAAGAGCAGCUGCAUUUUCAAAUUCAAAUAUAACUUCUGCUUGGAGAGGGAGUGGGUUACAGCCAUUCCAGCCACAGACAGUCAUACGCGCAGCUACACUUCCUACAACAGACGCACCCUUAGAACGGCCAAGGACUCCAACAGAGCAUGAUAUUUUUGAGAAAGUAUUUUUGAAUAGCAGUCCUCCUCAUUUUCAGACACUUCACAAAGCAAAUACAGUUCUCUCUUCUACAAUAAGUCGUGGUGGUGUUUUGAACACUCCUACAAAGCGAUAUAUUCAUAAGUUAGCAGAUGAGACAGAGAGGCUUAACACACGCCACAUACUACAGCAAAGAGAGACGGAUAACUUGCGCAACAUAAUUCAGAAAAGAAGGGAGCAAAAGAAGGGUAAAAGAGCUGUUUUGAAGGGUCAAUUCCACAUCUCUACAGAAGAACUCCGGUCGCAAGUAGCAGAAGCAGAAGCAGCAACAGCAACAGCUUCACAGAGGCCUAGAACAACACCACGACUUAUAGAGGAAGCUACAAUUGAGGAAAUAGACAGAGAGGGUGAAGAAGAGAUAUAUGACAGCGAUUUAGAUGAAUUAGCCUAGUAGUAAUUGAACAAUUUCAAUUUUUUAAAGGUGGUAGUGGUUUGAUGGGG